UUCUCGGACGGGGUUUUCUAUUGGCAUAUAUGUGAAAACUGACUUCUCGCAACAGGCAUUUCCUCCUCCUGUUUCUCAGAAAUUGAACGAUCCCCUGUGGGAGGAUUUUUUUUAUGACUGAUUUUUUCUUUUUUCUUUUUUUUAUUUUAACCUGCCAUUGACGACAGAUAACUUAAUCGAAGAUGGUACGGGAAACGCCAGGCAAACUCGCUUGAAUUGGGCAAUUUGUAUCUGCAAAUACCUAUUGACGGCUGGUGAGCAUCUCCAGACAGACUACUGAGCACUGCCACAGGCUUUUUCCCAAGGAGGGCAGGAACAACUAAGCAGACAUGCUGUCAUUGGAUGAGCCGCUGGACUUGAAGCUGCCUGCAGGGAGGACAAAUGGGCCGGUGAGAUUAGGGAAGAGGGUUUGUCCUGCCUCUAUCUGCGCCCCCCUCAGCGCCUCACGUCCUCGCUUGCUAUGCACGACGUUCCCUUCACCACCGUCUUCCCCAGAUUCCUUGUCUCCCUCUCAAGAGCGACCCGGGUCCUGCUUCACUCCUCCGGCCAUGGACCUCAGCCUGUCACCUUCUUCCCGCCACGCCUCCUCCCUCUCCCCCUCGCCCUCCUCUCCCUCCUCCCCGUCCCCCUCCUCACCCCUGGAGUCCCCUCACAGCAGCAGCAGCCCCCUGCCCCAUCUCUUCUCACGGGAAGCAGCUUAUCCGCGAUGUGUGGAAGGCGGAGCUUCACCGCAGGGCUACCAGUUCUACCUGCCAAUCGGCAGCCCAGUGGGGAGGUACAGCUUUCCCUCCUCCCUCGGUCAGAACAGAGAGAAGCGAGUUUCCCCUGAGCCCUUGCUGGACGAUCAGCUGGCCUGCCGAUGGAUGAAGUGCCACCUGCUGUUUGACUCGCUGCAGGACUUGGUGGAUCACAUCAACGACUACCAUGUCAAGCCUGAAAAGGAUUCUGGCUACUGCUGCCAGUGGGAGGGUUGUGCUCGCAACGGGAGGGGCUUCAAUGCCAGGUAUAAAAUGCUGAUCCACAUCCGCACACACACCAACGAGAAGCCCCACCACUGUCCCACCUGUAACAAGAGCUUCUCGCGUCUCGAAAACCUCAAGAUACACACCCGCUCACACACAGGAGAGAAACCCUACAUCUGCCCCUACGAGGGCUGCAGCAAGCGUUACUCCAACUCCAGCGACCGGUUCAAGCACACACGCACGCACUACGUGGACAAGCCUUACUACUGCAAGAUGGCCGGCUGCGCAAAACGCUACACUGACCCCAGCUCUCUACGCAAGCACAUCAAAGCCCACGGACACUUUGUGGCCCAGGAGCAGGGCACACCAGGCAGGCCGGGGACAGGACUGGGCCUCCAUGGGCCGCAGGGAACCACUGAAUUGCCUUCUGCGAGCAGGGCCCACAUCAUCAUCCCUGGGGCUGCUGCGGCCCUUCUGAGUGGGCUGGGGGCCUCCCUGCCACUCUCUGCCUUUUGCCAUGCCAGAGCCUUGGGGCACCCCGGGCCGCCGCUGUUCUCACUUGUCGGCAGAGGAGGAGGAGGCGGCGCCGCGGGCGCACUAGGCCUGUCUGACUCCCCCCUGCUACCGUUUGGACUCUCAGCUGCAUCCAUGCUGGGGCUGGGAGCUCUGGGCCUGGGGCAGGCAGGCAGGAGGGAGGCAGAAGGGGACGAAGAAGAAGAGGAAGGAGCCGGAGAGCGAGAAGGGGAGGUGCUGAACCUGUCUGCCAGACGAAGUGAUCCCUUUUCGUGGGUGGUGGUCCCGUCCGGGGCACUGCUCCUCAAGCCAGCCGUUGUCAGCUAGGAUGUGCGCUCAGGCGCCAUAAAAUGAUCCAGGGAGUGCGUGGCCAUCUGUGUGUUUGCAUGUGUGUGAGCGCAUGUGUGUGUAUGGGUGUCUGUGUGUACGUGUAUGCAUGUAUGUGUGCACACAUAUGCAUGCAGGUUUGCGUAUGUAUUGUGUGUCCAGGUACAGAUGAUAGGGACACAGAAGUAUAUUGAGUGCGGGGUCUCUCACUUCCCUGCAGAUCCAUAAAGAGCACUUAAAUCAUUCCAGCCCAGAGAGGGAUUGAAUGUACAGGACACGAUGUGUACAUAACGUAACAUAACACCUUUGAGUGUUGACCUGCACCAGUACUUUGCACCAUGCAUGUUUGAACUGUCUUUAGGCGUGAAAAUCCUUGUUUAACCUUUCUCAUACCAUUCAUGCACACAUUCAUGAUCAAAAAGCAUCACAGAGAUGCUGUUCACCUGUGUUAGAUUUGCCAAGCCUCUGUAUUUUUACAGAAAGAUGAGUGUCCCUACUCUUUGUCUAUGCUGGACAACCCCCAUUGACGACACAUGGUGGAAAGCAGGGUUAUAGGUAGCAAUGGAAAAAAUAUGGGUGGUGAAGCCAUUUCCAGGCCCACAGUGAACAAAACAAUAAGCCCCCCCAGGAAAACCCAAUCUCCUGUGGCCUUACAAUGCCAUACAUUAUAAUAUCUAACAGUGGCUGGUUUCCUGGAUGUUCUUGGGGUGGAAUGCAGCUGUUGUUUGCUUUCACACUUUGCAAACUUUGGCUCAUCAUUAGCUUGAGUAUCUCACAGCACCAGUUCUGAACAUGUUAUGCAAGAUUGCGCACAGGUCAAUCUGCCGGACCACGUGAUUUUUUUUUGAAGUCGCUAGAGAAACAAAUUGUGUAGGAAACUGAAUUUAGGCUUGCAGCACAAUUUGAAUUUAUGUCCCUCGCUUGCAAUUUAUCAGUUAUGCCCUUGCUUUGUUUUUUCAGUCCAAGACAAGGAUCUGAACAGGAUCUGCCCUGCCUUAUAUAAACAUAAACAGAACCAACUGACAACCAAGUUCAAGUAGGAAACAUAUAGACAAAGAUGUGUAGAAUGCCAUGAAUAUACAUUUGCUACAGAUGAAUGUUGAACGUACUCUGCCAUGCCUAAAAAUGCACAAGAGAGAACCAAGCGGUGGUUUCAAGAACAAAAACUUCUCAAGUGUCUUUCAGGGCAAAGGGGAAAUGUUAGACAAUGGCCAUGUGCGGCCAGUAUCUGAGUUGAUUUAUCAUAUAUUCUUGUUUGCACAUUGAGGUAUCCUUUCCUAAUCAGUAUUUCAAAGGUGUCCAAGUGCCUUGUGUUACAACUGAAAUAUAUAGACAAUACACACACAAUAUAUGAAAUAAUGUUACACAAAUGUAAUUGUAUACAUGUACUUUUCAUUAUGUUUUAGAGAAUUCAAUUUUAAUAACUGACAACCGAUGUGAUUUAUACAUCAAGGCCACUGCAUCACUUUUCAAGGACGUCACUGAAGUGGAUGACAAUGACUGAGUGUCAAUAAACAAACAAUAGAGAAGACUUCGGUCUACUGUUGUGUUUCGACCGAUGUGUGCAUUUUCCAGCUCAGCUCCUGUUUCUGAUCAGUCUCAGGAGGUUUUCAGGUGGGGUUUGCUGGUUUUUCGAUUCAUUUCAGUUAUUCAAAAAUGAUUU